CUCCACAGCUUGCGGUGUAAUUAGCAAACAGAGCACUCCAGUUUAGUCCCCUUUGCUUUUCUCCUUAACCUCGCUGCUUGGACUAGUGCUGGUAUUCGGGAGCCCUGGGUAUAGUGUGUGUGUCCCGACGCGUUUAAUGUGCGCUGGAACACGGAGGUCCAGAUAAACGCACCCAGCCUGAAUCCGAUCGCUUCAUGAGAGUGUGCCUGUGUGAGUCUGCGUGUGUGUGUGUGUUUCUGUGUGUGAGUGGGUCUGUGUGCGUGUGUCUUUGCUCUGAUCGCUAGGGUUCCGAUGGGAAGCGCUAAAAGUAGCGAUCACCGUUUCGCACUGAUGUUACUCAGAGCGGACAAAGGUUAUGAAGGAAGAAUGGAGUUCCCAGACCAUAGCCGCCAGUUGCUGCAGCGCCUGAGUCAGCAGCGUCACCAAGGCUUCCUCUGCGACUGCACGGUGUUGGUCGGAGAGGCGCGAUUCAGGGCACACAGAGCCGUACUGGCCUCCUGCAGCAUGUACUUCCACCUCUUCUACAGGGACCAGCUAGACAAAAGGGACGUUGUGCAUCUGAACAGUGACAUUGUGACUGCCCCGGCUUUCAGCCUGCUCCUUGAAUUUAUGUAUGAAGGGAAGCUUGAGUUCAGCACGUUGCCAGUGGAGGACGUGCUGGCUGCCGCCAGCUACCUACACAUGUACGACAUCGUCAAAGUGUGCAAAGGCAAGCUGAAGGAUAAGGAACUGAGCUUGCCGGACGCCAGGGCUGCCGAGGGGGUGGGGCCGGGCUGCCCAGACGGCGAGGGUUUCUCGGACGGCGAGAGGGACAGCCCCCCCGGCCGACGGGCCCGGCCGCAUCGGCCGAGGCCCCCCCGCGUGGACGAAGGCGAGGCGGACGCCGGCGAACUCGGGCUGCCUGUCAGCGACCGUGAUCGCUGCUUGCAGGGCAGGCAGAAGGCGAACGGUCACCCCGCCGGGUCUCCGGACCUUGUAGGUGUCAAUUAUGUGUCGGUGGAGGCCGAGUCCCGCUUCCGAACAGCUGGAAAAACAAAAGCGGAGCGCGGCGUUCCGGCCGAGUCACUGUCCCAGAGGCCCGGUGCUUCAGAUGACACAGACUGCGCCCUGGACUUGUCUUUCAAGCCUCUGUCGGGCAGAGAUUGUUCGCGCCCCCCCCACGUCUUGGGACAGCUGGCCCUCGACAGCCAGCAGCAGGGCACCGAGCCACUUGUUAAAGACGAACAAGACCUGCUGUCAGAGCGGGAGGACAGUGAGCCGGCGAGCCCGGGGAGCCAGCGCUUUGGGAAUUGCGCCAGGAGCUCCGCGGUGACAGGGUUCGCUGGCCUCUUCUCGGGCAACAGCGGCCCCGGCGCGGCCCUGCUCCCCCAGGAGGAGGAGGACCUGAUGGAGCAGGAGGGGGGCCUGGAGGCGGGGGCGGGGGGAAGGAGGGGGGCGGAGGGGGCGGGCGAGCGGGCGCUGCUCGGGGACAGUGAGGAGGAGGACGACGACCUGGCCUCUUCGGACAUCUCCACGUCCAGCGGGGCGCUGCUGCCCGCCGGGCCGGCCGUGUGCGCGUGCCCGCUGUGCGGCAAGGCCUUCCCCAGCCCGCACGUGCUCCAGCUGCACCUGAGCGCCCACUUCCGCGAGAAGGACGGCGCCCGCGCCAAGCUGUCGCCCGACGGCUCCGUGCCCACCUGCUCCCAGUGCGGCAAGACCUUCUCCUGCAUGUACACGCUGAAGCGGCACGAGCGCACGCACUCCGGCGAGAAGCCCUACACCUGCGCCCAGUGUGGCAAGAGCUUCCAGUACUCGCACAACCUGAGCCGGCACGCCGUGGUGCACACUCGCGAAAAGCCACACGCUUGCAAGUGGUGCGAGCGCCGCUUCACGCAGUCUGGGGACCUCUACCGCCACAUCCGCAAGUUCCACUGCGGCCUGGUCAAGACACUCGCCAUCGGCUAAGGCCCCCGGCAGUGGCCCGCAGUGGGCUGUCUUCCAAAUGCCUGAUGGAGCCUGUUGUAAUUAAUAACCGUGCAGAAACUCACAGAGUGGGCAUGCACUUCCUUAAGCGUUUUUGUUAAAAUGUGAUCCAGGUAGUAAAACUUUUUUUUUUCUUUUUUUGAGCACGCGGGGUGGGGGGAGGACCUAAAAGCAUUUCAGCUACUAUUGGGUGGAAUUAUGGGAUGUCGUUCUUGCUGGUGGGCACUGGGCUGGGGGCAUGCAGUCCUCGUGAUGCAGAAGUCCUGAACCCUCACCUGUCUGUCAGAAGCACAAAAUCUGAGUUGGAGGCUGGGUGACCCUGACCCCCCCCCCCCCCCCCCCCCCACCCCGAGCACCCGACGCUCAGAAAAGGAGCAGAAAGUCGUUUAGCUGUAGUUCUGGGCUGUAAGCACCGUGAGAGUCGGCGCAGACGAUGAGAUCGCCCACCGUCGCAAGGCUGGUUUGCAUACUAAUAAUUCAGGAAGCAGUAAAGCUCACUCGUGCCACAGGGCCAGGCAUGCGAGCGGGCACCUCAUAACUGGAAGAUUCAGCCCUUUAAGAGUGUACUGGGUCAGUAGGAGAUAAAUACUGAAUAAAGUGUUUCAACCAUGUGAAAUGGGGUAAAGGAACCAGAGUCCACAGGGAGACGGGCCACUAGGAGUGGGGUAUACCCUGCCAAGUCAGUGCCUGCUUAUGUACACCGAGCAGCAUGUGGGGUAUAUCACAGGCUAUAUAACUGAAUCCAGUGUGAGGAUUUUAGGGUGAGGGUGGGGGAGGGGCAGUUGGUGUUGUGAAGUUUGCCUCCCGAACCAGACUGCAUAGGAGCGCACUGACCAGGGUGGUCAAGCAGAGAGGGGGGGUCCGGUGUGUGCCCCCCCCAGACACUCUGCCAUCCCCACUGGGUGACUACUGAUCCUUCCUGCCAUCAUUGCGUGUCUGUCUGCCCCCCCGCCCCCCCUCUGCAGUUUAGCCUCAUGACCACUUUGGAGUCACGUUCAGUCAGAACACUGCUGUGCUCCUGUGGUGGUGUGUGUGCGUGUGAGUGUGUGUGUGUGUGUUUGUGUGUGUUUGUGUUUGUAUAACAUCCUGUUAAAAAAAAAAAAAAAUGCUGAACUACUGAGUAAAGCUUACCCCACAAAAUAUUUGCAAUUUUCGUAGGUUAACUAAACCUCCUCAUUUUCUCACUUUAUUCAUUAUUUCUGAUGAUAUGUACACAUCUUACUUUGGUUGGAUUUAGCACUAAAAAAAAUCUAAGUUAUUUCUUUUGUUUUGUUAAAAUCUUUCCUGAGGAAACUUGAUUAGAAUUAUUUAUUAGUUUUAUAGUUCAGGGUUUUACUGGGGUCUGAUUUUGAGUAUUACUGCUGUUGCUGUUUUUUUUCCAUCCACAAUAUUCAAGCACAAUAGAAUGAAAUUCAUCGAUGCUGUCUGUCAGUGACACUGGAGAGCGAUGCUUUGCUCGUGCUCCGAGUAAAAUCCCACAUCCAGCUUCCUUUUUUAUUUGAUGACCUUAACGUUUUGAUGGAUAACUGAUGUCCUACUCUGUAGGUGCUGUUUCAUUAGCGAAUGGGGCAGAGAAAUCACUAGUCCUUGUAAAUACCUUUACUGUAAUGUGAAUUGAUUCUCCGUGUGUCUUACGGCGGCAUAAGAAUAUACUUAAAUGACAUUCAACAUUUACUACACAAAAAAAGCACUUGUCUUGGGCUUGCAUAGUGUCGUUCCUGUCAGCUUGGUUUCAACACUCGAAUAAUGUGUGCGCUGCUAUUUCUAACGAGUUGUAUAUUUAAUGUAUAUACUUCCUUUAUUUAUAAAACAAUUUAGGCUCUCCCCGACCCCAUAUGUCUCCGGGCUGGGUGUUUGGCAGCCAUCUCUGUAAGCUAACCUGUUAGUUUUGCCUGUUUUUCUUUGAAACAUCUGUUAUCUGUAGGACAGGUACAAGUGCAAACACUUAAGUGCAGUGCUCUGUGUCUUUUUUUUUUUUUUUUUUUGUGAGUGCAGAUUUUCUCACUACUUUAAUGUGGGAGAUGUAUUUAUUAAAAAGGCAACUGAAGGACUGUACUGAAGAAUUGGACAUCGGCGGGGACUCGCCCCCCCUGAUAAUUAGCCUGAUAUGUGCUUAAUACUGUUGUCAAUUUGGGAUGCGAUAGCACAACCACGGUGUUUUAAGUUGCACUUUAUCGCGACAAGUCAUUACAUCCUGGAUAUCCUGGUUUUCAAUGUGAUUCCCCGUCCCCCCCCCGGUCCCCCGCAUGUGGACAGUAGGAGGGAGUUGUAGUGCGGACUGUAAAAUGAGCACCCCCCCCCCCCCACGCCCUCCACGCUGAAGUGCGAGGGACAGGCGUCGACAGGCCGUGGAUUUGUGGUGCUUUGCAGCGCCCCCCCCCUCCCGCCUGUCGUGCCACCCAGCUCUCUACAUGGGGAGAGAGCGACCAACUUAGUGGUUUCAGGUUAAAUGUUCCUGUUUGUUCUAUAGCUUCAAACAGACGGCAGCAUUUCCUGUGGUUAUUUUAUAUAUAGAUUUUAUUUUAUUUUUUUCUGUACAAGGAAGGAGAUGCUUUUGUUUUAUACUUAUCGUUCCAUGAUAAAAUAUGGCUAGAACUGGCAUUUUUACUAAUAGGGGGAUUCAUGGUUUAAAAGGCCUUUCCAGUUUGUCAUACACUUCUGUUGAUAUGGUCACGGUCCUUUUACACAGUACGUGCCUUGUGGACAGAGACGGACCCGGAGCGGGACGUUACCGUGGUCCGUGUGAGCUGGCUUGCUGGGACAUCAAAUCUACACGACGUGCAAAUAAACAGCUGCAGUUUUACGAACUGGGACGGGGGAUAGAAAUAGGGUUAGAGAGUCAAGGAUGAAAAACACAGAUAAUCAAGAAGCCUCCCGGGAGAAGAGAGUGAAAUCGGAGCGAAGGAGCAGAGACUGAAACAAACACACUCACUUAUCUGGAAUAGGUUUGCUUUAUAAACUCUUACUGAAGUAUUUUAACAUUUAAAUAAUGAGAAAAAAAUGAAAUGUUUUGUUUAUUAAAACUGGAAUAUUGUCUUUGCAGUUAAGGUCCAGACUGUGAAAUUGUGUAUAAUCUUGAGAAAUAUUUAUUGUUUUUUGUGCGUUUUACUGUUAUCUCACAGAUUUUAUGUGUAAAAUGACUACUUAAUGUCAGUAGGGGAGGGAGGGGUGGGGAGGAGGGGUAAUAGAAUUUGUAGGAGUGCCAUUAGAAUUUAAUAUAAUUUUUUUAUAACAAAAGUCUAUUUUCUAGAAAAUAAAUGCUUCAGUGUUAGUGAUUCAUAGAUUACAUAGGACAAUCGGUGUGCAGAAAUGGCUUUGUUUAGGUGUUCAGCUGCUUGUUUUAUGAUUUUGGGGGGGGUGGGGGGUGUUUGUGCUUUUUGGAGUGUGUUUGUGUGUGUGCUGUGGAAAUGUGACAAUCCUGAUGUCCUCAUUCUUAAGUCACGCGUAGAUUAAACAGCUUUUCUGUGA